AAAGGAGAGAUUCAUCAGAUCUCUCACAAGAGCAGCUUUUCAGAGGAUCCUCCAGAGAAGAUCAAAGUCAGGGAACAUCGGGAGGGAAUAGAACAAUGCCAUGGGUCUUUAUAGGAUCCUCUCCUCUUUCUGAGGGAGCUGAAAAAGCCACUGACCCUUCAACUCAGGGUCUUGUAUCCUUUGAGGAAGUGGCUGUGUAUUUCUCUGAGGAGGAGUGGUCACAGCUGAAUACCAACCAAAAAGCCCUCCAUGGGGAAGUCAUGCUGGAGAUCUCUAGGAUCGUAGCCUCUCUGGGAAGCAAGUAUGAGAAAAAACAAUCAAAAAACGGGAAUAAGAAGGGCUCAACUUCACAGUGUGCUCAGCAGUAUCUUGUCCAACGAGAUCACAAAGGACAAACACCGAGCAAGUGUUUACGGAAAAGUGUGAAAAUACUCAAAGACAAGCUAGAUUUAAAUAAACAUUAUACAACUCAUGGUAAAGGUAAACACUAUCAGCGUAGGGAGAAUGAAAGAAAUAAGACUCCGACUUCAAAUAUUUCUUUAUGUGAAAACAUCAGGAUGGAAGAGAAACCGUAUAAAUGCAGAGAAUGUGGGAAAAGCUUCAGCAAGAACGGUUCACUUACCUGUCAUACAAAAAUCCAUGCGGGGGAGAAGCCAUAUAAAUGUAGGGAAUGUGGAAAGAGCUUUACAUGGAACAGUCACCUUACUUCCCAUAAAAGGAUUCAUACCGGUGAGAAGCCAUAUAGAUGUGCAGAAUGUGGAAAAAGCUUUACUCAGAAUAGUCAACUUACCUAUCAUAGAAGGAUCCACACAGGGGAGAAACCAUAUCAAUGUAUGGAGUGUGGAAAGAGCUUUACUCAGAUCAGUCAACUUACAUAUCAUAGAAGGAUCCACACAGGGGAGAAACCAUAUCAAUGUAUGGAGUGUGGAAAGAGCUUUACUCGGAAUAUUCAACUCACUUCCCACACAAGAAUUCACACAGGGGAAAAGCCCUAUAAAUGCAUGGAGUGUGGAAAGAGCUUCACUCAGAAUUGUCACCUUACUUCCCACAAGAGAGUCCACACAGGGGAGAAACCAUAUAAAUGCGUGGAGUGUGGAAAAAGCUUUACUGACAAGAGUUACCUUACUUGCCAUAAAAGAAUCCACACGGGAGAGAAACCAUACAAAUGCAUGGAGUGUGGAAAAAGCUAUUUUCAGAAGAGUCUACUUACUUCCCAUAAAGGGAUCCACAGAGUGGAGAAACCUUACAAAUGCAUGGAGUGUGGGAAGAGCUUUACAUGGAAGAGUCACCUUUCUUCCCAUAAAAGGAUCCACACAGGUGAGAAGCCAUAUAAAUGUAGGGAAUGUGGAAAGAAUUUCCAUGAAAAUAGGUCCCUUAUUAUUCAUGAAACAAUCCACACACGGGAGAAACCCUUUAAAUGCAUGGAGUGUGGAAAGAGCUUUAUAUGGAAGAGUCAGCUUACUUCCCAUGAAAGGAUCCACACCGGGGAGAAGCCUUAUGAAUGCAGGGAAUGUGGGAAGAGCUUCUAUGAAAAUAGGUCCCUUACUAUUCAUAAAAGGAUCCACACGGGAGAGAAAUUAUAUAAAUGCACAGAGUGUGGAAAGAACUUUAUAUGGAAGAGUCAGCUUACUUCCCAUCAGAGGAUCCACACCGGGGAGAAGCCUUAUGAAUGCAAGGAAUGUGGAAAGAGCUUUACUCACAACAGCCAACUUAGUAAACAUAACAGAAUCCAUACAGGGGUGAAACCCUAUAAAUGCACCGAGUGUGGAAAGAGCUUUACUCAGAAAAGUCAACUUAAUUUCCACAUAAGAAUUCACACAGGGGAAAAGCCCUAUCAAUGUAUGGAGUGUGGAAAGAGCUUCAGUAGGAACAGUGAGCUUACUUGCCAUAAAAGAAUCCACACAGGGGAGAAACCGUAUAAAUGUGUAGAAUGUGGUAAGAGUUUUACUCACAGCAGUCACCUUAUUUCCCAUAAAAGGAUCCACACAGGAGAAAAACCGUAUCGAUGCAUGGAGUGUGGGAAAAGCUUUUCUGAGCCCAGUCAACUUACAUGCCAUAAAAGGGUCCACACAGGAGAGAAGCCCUAUAAAUGCACAGAGUGUGGAAAGAGCUUCAGUCAGAGCAAUUCACUUACUUGCCAUGAGAGGAUCCACACAGGGGAAAAACCUUAUAAAUGCAUGGAGUGUGGAAAGAGCUUUAUUCGAAGCAGUCAACUAACUUAUCAUAAAAUGAUCCACACAGGGGAAAAGCCUUUCGAAUGCAUGGAAUGUGGAAAGAGCUUCAGGAGGAAGAGUGACCUGCUUUCUCAUAAAAGGACCCACUCUGGAGAGAAACCAUACAAAUGUAGAGAAUGUGGAAAAAAAUUCAGGAAGAACCAUUCCCUUGCUUGCCACAAAAGAAUCCAUACAGGAGAAAAACCGUAUCAAUGCACAGAGUGUGAAAAAACCUUCCGAUGGAGUAGUCACCUCUCUUUCCAUAAAAGGAUCCACACAGGGGAGAAAGCAUACAAAUGCAGAGAUUGUGGAAAGAACUUCCUUGCAUGUGGGCCCCUUAAGAGUCAUAAAAGGACCCACGUAAUGGGGAAACUAUAUAAAUGCACAGAGUGUGGGAGGAUGUUUACUCAGAACAGUAACCUCACUUCCCAUAAAAGGAUCCACACAGGAGAGAAACCAUAUGAAUGUACGGAGUGUGGAAAGAGCUUCAGCGAGGCCAGUUCCCUUACUUCGCAUAAAAGGGUCCACACAGGAGAGAAGCCAUAUAAAUGCCUGGAGUGUGGAAAGAGUUUCAGUAAAAAUGGAUCUUUUACUUCCCAUGUAAGGAUCCACACUGGGGAGAAACCAUACAAAUGCAUGGAUUGCGGAAAGAGCUUUACUCAGAAAAGUUCCCUUAAUUCCCAUAUAAGGAUCCACACAGGGGAGAAACCAUAUAAAUGCUUGGAAUGUGGAAAGAACUUCCGUAAAAAUGGGUCAUUUCUUUCCCAUAAAAGGAUUCACACAGGGGAGAAACCAUAUAAGUGUGUUGACUGUGGUAAGAGCUUUACUCAGAAGGGUUCCCUUACUUCCCAUAAACGGAUCCACACAGGGGAGAAACCAUAUAAAUGCAUGGACUGUGGGAAGAGCUUUACUCAGAAUGGUGAUCUUGCUAACCAUAAAAGGAUCCAUACAGGAGAGAAACCUUAUAAAUGCUUGGUAUGUGGAAAGAGUUUCCGUGACAAUGGGUCGUUCACUUCCCAUAAAAGAAUUCAUACAGGGGGGAAACCGUAUAAAUGCACUGAAUGUGGAAACAGCUUUAGAAUGAGCAGCUCUCUUACUUCCCAUAAAAGGAUCCACACAGGAGAGAAACCGUAUAAAUGCAUGGAAUGCGGAAAGAGUUUUAGUCAGAAUGGUAAACUUACUUCCCACAAUAGGAUUCACACGGGGGAGAAACCAUAUCAAUGUUUAGAAUGCGGAAAGUGCUUCCGUGAAAAUGGGUCCCUUACUUCCCAUAAAAGGAUCCACACAGGGGAGAAGCCCUAUAAAUGUUUUGAGUGUGGAAAGAAGUUUAGUAAGAGCAGUUCCCUAACUUCCCAUAAAAGGAUCCAUACGGGGGAGAAGCCGUAUAAAUGCACAGAAUGUGGCAAGAGUUUUACUCAGAAUGGUGGUCUUACUUCCCAUAAAAGGAUCCACACGGGGGAGAAGCCAUACAAAUGCACUGUGUGUGGAAAGAGUUUCUGUCAAAAUCGUUCCCUUAUGUCCCAUAAAAGAAUCCACACUGAAGAACCGAUAUAACUGCGUGGAGUGCAGAAAUAGCUUUAGGGGGAGCGGUGACCUAAUUUCCAAUGGAAGGAGCCAGUUAUGUGAGAAUCCAAAUAAAUUGUAGUUCUAGGUGCUUCUGUCCAUUUAGAUGCUUCCUGGUCUGAACUAGAAAAGGAACUUUCUACAAGUUCUAGGUCCUGUCUCUGACCUUUGCUAAGGCUUGAUAGGAAUGGCUAGAGACAAUGUACUGAGGAAAAGGAUAACAACAGGGGUGUGCCCUUUUACUGACGAUGAGUGGGUUUUUGAAGGUUCGUUUUAAGAUGCCAAAAUUCUUGUACAAGAACAUUCUUCUUUUCUUGAUUCUGAGAUGCUUGGAAUUUCCAUUUGUCUUCAAAAACUAGCAGACUCUACAUUUUUAGGCAACUUAAAACCAGCUUAUGAACAUUUUGUUCAGUCUAAUAUACUGUAAUAGCUUAAAGUUCUCAUCAAAAGGUACAGAGGGGAAUAGGGGACUGGUCAUGGUGAAUAAAAAGAGGCCAUUUGGAGGGGUUGUCCCUUAAAUUUCUUGAGAAAGGGAUGUUUGGAGAACAGUAGGGAUCAAAAUAAAAUUGAGGAAACCACUCCA